AUGACCGCCGAGAGCCGCCCCUGCCCCAGCCUCGGCCCCGCCGUCCCUCGUCCCGCCGCCACAAGCCCACCUCCCUCCGCCUCACCGCGCCCCGACCGCCCUGCCCGGAGCCGCUUCCCGCCCGGCCCCGCGCUCACCACGUGCCUGCUGGCGGACGAAUGUUAUGCUGACUUCUUCAGAGAAGACUUUGAUGUGAAAGCUUACACUUCCCAGUCUAUCCAUCAGGCUGUGAUAGCUGAACAACUGGCAAAACUUGCCCAAGGUAUUAGUCAGUUGGAUAAAGAGCUUCAUUUGCAGGUUGUUGCAAGACAUGAAGACCUGUUGGCCCAAGCAACUGGAAUUGAAUCCCUGGAAGGUGUCCUCCAAAUGAUGCAGACUAGAAUCGGUGCUUUACAAAGUACUGUUGAUAGAAUUAGAGUCAAAAUUGUUGACCCCUACAACAAAAUAGUGUCUCGCACAGCUCAGCUAGCAAAACUUCAAGCUGCCUGUGACUUGCUGCGGAGGAUAAUACGCAUCUUGUAUCUCAGUAAGAGACUUCAAGGACAACUGCAAGGAGGAAGCAGAGAGAUAACAAAAGCUGCCCAGAGUCUCAAUGAACUUGAUUACCUUUCUCAAGGGAUAGAUCUAUCUGGAAUAGAAGUAAUUGAAAAUGACCUGCUUUUUAUUGCAAGAGCUCGGCUUGAGGUGGAAAAUCAGGCUAAAAGGUUGCUUGAGCAAGGUGUGGAGACUCAGAAUCCUACUCAAGUGGGAACUGCUCUUCAGGUUUUCCACAACCUUGGGACUUUGAAGGAUACCAUUGCUAAUGUGGUGGACGGAUACUGCACAGUCCUGGAGGAGAACAUAAAAAAUGCUUUGGAUAUAAAAGUAUUGACCCAACCAUCUCAAGCUGUUACAAGAGGUGGCCCUGGUAGAGCUGCUAUGCCAACGCCUGGGAACACAGCAGCUUUUCGAGCAGCCCUCUGGACAAACAUGGAGAAGCUCAUGGAUCAGAUCUGUGCUGCUUGUGGACAGGUGCAGCAUUUGCAAAAGGUAUUGACAAAGAAGAGAGAUCCUGUGUCACAUGUCUGUUUCAUAGAGGAAAUAGUUAAGGAUGGCCAGUCUGAUAUUUUGUACAAAUUUUGGACUGCAGUAACUCAGACACUUUCCUCUCAUUUUCAGUCAGCAACAGACUCCUCUAUGUUUUUGAAACAAGCUUUUGAAGGAGAAUACCCUAAAUUACUGAGGCUUUAUAAUGACUUGUGGAAGCGCCUGCAACAAUAUAGUGAAAAUAUUCAGAGGAAUUUUAACACAAGUGGAACUACUGAUCUCUUUGCUGAACUGCAACAAAUGGAAGAAGAUAUCCAGGACAUAUUCAUGCAAAAAACCCAAGAUUAUGAUCCAGAAAAGGCCUUGAAAGAUUCACUGCAACAGUAUGAAGCUGCUUAUUUGUCAAAAUCCUUAUCUCGACUCUUUGACCCCAUCAAUCUUGUCUUCCCUCCUGGAGGUCGGAAUCCUCCUUCUUCUGACGAACUUGACAGCAUCAUUAAAACUAUAGCCAGUGAGCUAAAUGUGGCUGCUGUGGAUCCAGAUCUGAGUUUAGCCGUGGCAAAAAAUGUGGCAAAGACCAUUCAGCUCUAUGGUGUAAAGUCUGAGCAGCUUCUGUCUACUCAAGGAGAUGCCAGCCAGGUGAUUGGGCCGCUCACAGAGGGACAGCGGAGGAACGUGGCUGUGGUUAAUUCAUUAUACAAACUGCACCAAUCCGUUCUGAAGGUCAUUACCAGUCAGAGCUCAUUUCCAGCAGCUGCUGAGCAAACAGUCACAACUGCCUUAAAGGCAGUCCAUGAUCUAAUGGGUAGUGCUGUUCAACCGUUACUGAACUCUGUAGGAGAUUCGGUAGAAGCUAUUAUCAUCACUAUGCACCAGGAAGACUUUUCUGGAUCAUUAUCCAGCUCAGGAAAACCAGAUGUCCCUUGUUCUCUGUACAUGAAAGAACUACAGGGUUUUAUAGCAAGAGUCAUGAGCGACUACUUCAGACAUUUUGAGUGUUUUGACUUCGUCUUUGAUAACACUGAAGCCAUGGCUCAAAGAGCAAUUGAACUUUUCAUUCGCAAUGCCAGUCUAAUAAGGCCCCUCGGUGAAGGUGGGAAGAUGCGACUUGCAGCUGAUUUUGCACAGAUGGAGCUAGCAGUAGCACCGCUGUGUCGGCGAGUCUCUGACCUAGGAAAAUCUUACAGACAGCUGAGGUCAUUCAGACCGCUGCUGUUCCAGACCAGUGAGCAUAUUGCCAGUAGCCCAGCCCUGGGAGAGGUUAUUCCAUUCAGCAUUAUUCUUCAGUUCUUAUUUACAAGAGCACCACCAGAGUUAAAAUCACCCUUCCAGAGGGCUGAGUGGUCCAUUGCCCGCUACUCCCAGUGGCUUGAUGAUCAUCCCUCUGAAAAGGACAGGCUUGCUCUGAUACGCGGCGCGCUCGAGGCUUACGUUCAAUCGGUAAGAACGAGGGAGGGGAAGGAGUUUGCCCCAGUUUACCCCAUCAUGGUUCAGCUGCUGCAGAGGGCAAUGGCGACCCUUCAGUGAGUGCAUCUGGACAAACCCCUCACCCCGGGGAAGGGCAGUAACGCGGGUCUCGGUGCCACACGUCAACUCACCCGUCAUGUAAAUUAUUUCCAAAUCCAUUCCAAAUCCGUAAGCUUUACGCUGAGAUGUGUUUACCUACUUCAUCUAUGAAACGUCUGUCUUCUUGCUUUACGUUCACGUUACAGGAACUCAUUUAUACACAAAAAUUAUAAGGAAAUCGUACCAUCUUCUGUGCUGUAAAUCUGCAUCUAAUAUUCUUUAGUAUUCCUUUUGAAUUUAGGUAUAAAAUUAGAACGUACUCAAAUAUUACAGUAUAAUUGCUGAAUAUCUCAAAUAAGGAAGCAGCUCUUUUCCUACAAGUAUACUUUUAAACAGUUGAAUUCAUUUUAGCCUUAUUCAGAAAAGCGUACUUUUGAAAUGCUAGAAUCAUCAGUUUCCAUCUAAAAAUCACUAAUUUUAACACAAGGAAAACUAUUUAUAACCAACAUGUUUCUCUAUUGCGCUGCUGCUCGCUUUGAAAUAAUUUAUAUUGACUACAACUGUCUUUUUUGUCUAAAUUGUAAUAAAGACCAUUGACUGUCCAAUCCCCA